GCUGCCGCAGCCCGGGCCCGCUCCGGGCUCUGGCACAACCACGCGCUGUCCCGGGGCGGCUCCGGGCUCGCCUCGGCUCCGGAUCAGCCUCGCACUCGCGGCCGCCGAGCCCAGCCGGGCUGUCCCGGCACCUCCGCUCUGGAACCGCCCGCCCGCGCCUGGGGCUCGGAGCGGAGAGCCGGGCUGGCCGCUGCCCGCCAGCGUCCUGGGGCUCACAGGAUAUGAACUUGAUCGACAUCCUUUGGAGGCAAGAUAUAGACCUUGGGGCAAGACGUGAGGUUUUUGAUUCUAGUCAGCGACAGAAGGAGUAUGAACUCGAGAAGCAGAAGAAACUUGAAAAGGAAAGACAAGAGCAGCUCCAAAAAGAGCAGGAGGAAGCCUUGCUGGCUCAGCUGGAGUUAGACGAAGAGACAGGUGAAUUUGUUCCUGUGCAGCCAGCUCAGGGCAUUCAGUCAGAAAAUACUGAGCCACCCGUUGCUUUCUCACAGACCACAGAGCCUUCAAAACCAGAAGCAGAGGCCUUGUCCUUUGAUGACUGCAUGCAGCUCUUGGCAGAAGCAUUCCCAUUUAUAGAUGAGCAUGAGGCUUCUUCAGCUGCAUUUCAGUCACUGGUUCCUGCUCAGGUCAAUAGCAACCCAGCCUUUGUUUCCUCUGAUCAAAUUCAGCCACCUGAAUCCCCUGAUCUAGUACAGCCCACUGAUGCAGAGAACAUGCAGAACAUAGAGCAAGUUUGGGAAGAAUUACUGUCCCUUGCAGAGUUACAGGUCCUGAACAUUGAAAAUGAUAACCUGGCUGAGGUGAGCACAGUCACGAGCCCUGACACCAAGCCGGCAGAGAUGCACAACAGCUGCAAUUACUGCAGCUCAUUACCCACGCAGAAAAAAGAUGUUAACUGCAGUCCAGAUUUCCUGGAUGGUAUGGAAUGCCCCUUCUCCGGCAUUUUGCCACCAGAAGACACCAGCCAGCUGAGUGUGAACUCUUUAAAUGACACAUCCCCUUCAAACCCUGAUUUCUGUGAGGAUUUUUACACCACGUUUAUUGAUACAAAGGUGAACGGUGAUGCAGCAGCAACGAACACAAUCAGUCAAUCCCUGGCAGACAUUCUAAGUGAACCUAUUGAUCUUUCUGACUUUGCACUGUGUAAAGCUUUUAAUGGCUCAGGGACCAGAGCAGAAUGUACCGAUUCUGACUCUGGUAUUUCACUGAAUGCAAGUUCCAGCGUUGCAUCGCCGGAACACUCUGUGGAAUCAUCUGCCUAUGCAGAUAAGACUUUGGGUUGCAGCGAUUCUGAAAUGGAGGACACGGACAGUGCUCCUGGAAGUCUGCUGCAGAGCUGUGCUGAUGUGUACUCUUUGCACCUCCAGGAUCAAGUGUUUUCUUCCUUAGGGCCAAGCACUCAAACACCAAGUUUGCCAUGUACAGCCACACCAAAGAAAGAACCCCCUCCUGCUCCUGGCCAGCCCAAAGCUCCCUUCACAAAAGAUAAACCUCCAGGCCGCCUUGAAGCUCAUCUCACAAGAGAUGAGCAAAGAGCAAGAGCUCUGCAGAUCCCUUUUCCUGUUGAAAAAAUCAUCAAUCUCCCUGUUGCGGACUUCAGUGAAAUGAUGUCUAAGGAGCAGUUCAAUGAAGCCCAGCUUACACUUAUUCGAGAUAUACGCAGGAGAGGCAAGAACAAAGUGGCUGCUCAAAAUUGCCGUAAAAGAAAACUGGAAAAUAUAGUAGAACUGGAGCAUGAUUUGAGUAACCUAAAAGAUGAGAAAGAGAAAUUGCUUAAGGAAAAAGGAGAGCAUGACAGGAGCCUUCAUGAAAUGAAAAAACAAUUCACCAGCUUGUACCUCGAGGUCUUCAGCAUGCUACGUGAUGAAGAUGGAAAGCCUUACUCUCCUAGUGAAUAUUCACUGCAGCAAACUAGAGAUGGCAAUGUCUUUCUUGUUCCUAAGAGCAGGAAGUCAGGGACUAAACUCUAAAGGGCAGUACAGCUGGCUCCUGUUCUCUGAGUUACUAUUUUUGUAUCAUUAUCAUGAUAGUUUUUACUGUGAGGUGGAAUGCAGAAUUAAGUAGUAUUUGUCAAGUAAGUCUAUGCAAUGAUAAUUUUAAAGUUGUUAAUUAGUUUACAGAAGAUGCAAGUUGAAAAUUAAUCACAUACUGCAGAUGAACAUACACAAAAUUUUUAAUCUGACUUCGUAACAGAUACUUCCUUCUUAUAGCACCACUUUGACUAGUUUCCACAUCUAUGUAAAUAUUUAAAUAUGCCAUAUUUAUAUACUGUUCCUAUCUAUUGUUAUAUUAAUAGAUUUGAGAUAUAUAAAUAAAAAUUAUUUUAGCCUUCUAAAUAUAAUUUCUUGAAAGACAACCAGGAUGGCUUCUGAUAUUUUUUUAUAAAUAUGCAAUAGUGUUCCCCAUUUUUCUUACACAUUUAUACUUGCUUUAUAUUUAAUAUAUUAAUGUUGUAUAAAAGUUGACACUCAGUGUUUGAUUUUGCUUUAUCAGCUCAUUUAACUAUUUAAACUCUACUUCAUACACAUUUAUUUCCCUAAAGAAGAGAAAUCCUUGCUAGUUUUCCAAGGCUAAGUCUUCCUGCAGCAUAAUACUAAACCACACAGCACUGUCAGCAUUACUAAUGCUUCAUUUUAUUAACCUUUGGAAAGACCGUGUAACGUAAAGUUUCAAGUCUAUGCGAUGCUAAGCUCACAUUUUUGUUUUCCUCCUUGCACACUAUGUAAAUUCAUGAGAUCUUUUCUCCAAAAGCAUGUAAAAUCUGUUAAAGCAUUGUCAGCAUUAUGCCUUUUUCCAGCUAAAAUUUCUGUAGGCUUUUGAGCAAUUCUCCUAGAAAUACACUACUGUGCCUCUGACUUCAACCAUUGAGCAUCCUGUGUCCGUGCUGUUACUUUGGUGCUUAUGGAAAACUGCACACUAGCAGCCAGCCACCUGCCCUGUUUGGAAUCUCUCCUAAGUGAAUUGAAAAGCUUUGUGAAGUUUAAAUUAUGAUUUAUAAAAGAGUAAAAAAUUGGCAAAUAAAUAGCGUUUUUUUACUACUCGAAGGAACUCAUUGCACUCGAUCAUUUUGGAUUGUUUCAAUACAGAAAAUGCAUAAUUUGUAAGACUUGUUGAUCUGAACAUUAAAAACUAUCUUCACCCCUGUGCAAGUCCUAAAACAUAUGCUUGAUCUGAAGUGAUUUUUUUCUUACCACUGAGGGUCCAUAUCAUGGGCGGGCACUGGGAGGAAUGCAAGACACUGCUGCCACUUAAAGCACGAGGACCAAGCCAUAUUUGAAGAUGGCAAUUUCAGAGCGUAGGCAUCAAGGGAAAAGCACACGGAGCCAUGGCCCUGGACGGUCUUCUGACUGAUACACAGUAACUCUUAGACACAGGCAGGGGCUGUGGCAAAGCACAGAGCACCUAAAAAGCUCCUGGGUUCCCCUUGCCAUGAACUAUGUUAUCAAAUGUCUGUCAGAAAAAAUUCUCUACAGCUGCAAUAUGAAUACUUUGAACUACAAAUUGGCUAUUAAACAGACAUCUCAGUAAACUCCUACCCUGCACUUCCAUGUGUUCUUUAAUUUGUUCACUAAUGUGAAAGCCAAAGGCAAGCAGCAUCCUUACAGCCUUUGCAGGGAUUAUUGUAUUUCUACCAUCCAUUUGUCUGACACAUAAUACAAAGAUACUUUUUCCAUUACCAAAAUAAAAGUGCAACAAACCUGCGGUUAACGCAGCAGCCUUAUUUGAAUUUCAUCAGGUGAAGAAUCAGUCUGAAGUACCUGGUCUGUGACAGCUUGCUUUCAGUUCAAACCCAUGCUCUUCACAUCAACAGUGCAUGCUGCUCUCGCAUCAAACCGCCCCCAACACCAUUAAGGAAAAAAAAAUCCACAUUACUCAUAUAUAUAAAAACAUCAGAUUGCAAAUUAUAACCUUCAUUUUAUUAUUAUUGUUACUUAGGUACAGAGUACGUUCUCAAGCCUGAGUACCUAGUGACAUUGCCAGGCAUCACAAUGCUGACCUCAUACACAGACAAGCUUCCACAUGGAAACCAGGUGUUUCUUGAUCAAAACAUUGUUUUAAAACCAUUUAGAAUAAAGCUGAAAAGCUGGCCUGAACCAAGGGUUUUUGGCUUGCAGUCUCAAACUGGAAAGAUGAUCCUGUAAGAAAAUGUGUUGCAGUAAUUCUAGACCACUUUGUGUUCUUCACAGCACUAAAAAAAGGUGAUGCCAACACAUUUUAGAUUGUAAGUCAUUUGACAAUAUACAUUUUAUUCUGAUACAAAAUUGAAAUAUUUUAACAAAUUUCAAUCCAUUAUGGACUAUACUGAAAUUUUAAAUUUCCAUGCUAUUUUAACUUGUUUAACCACAAGUUUCAAGAUGUCAGCACACUAGCACCACUGCUCUUGAAGUCUUUGCCAGUUUUACCAUUUUAUUCUGUUUCCGAUCUUGCGAUAUUAUCUUCUACAUGAAGGCCAUUUUUUCUUCUAUGGAGAUACUUGGAUUACUUUAGUUCAGGAAAAAGCUAACAGAGAGAGAUGUCAACCUGUAGCACCCACAGCAGAAAAAGAAUCAUCCAUCAGAUAUGUGAAUUUCAGUGAUACUCAAGAUCUUACAUGCUCCACACAAUUUAAGAUACACGUACUUGUCAGAGACCACAGACUGAUUUGUGAAUAUUCCACCUCAGUGUAGACAGUACAUGAAAACACAUUUAUGUCUUAAACACAGGAACCAAAGACAGCAUUCAGUACAUCACACAAUUCAUGCUUGAAAAUAUUAGGAUCCUUAGGUAUUGAAAGGAUAUCAAAGUUAAGGUGCUGCGUCUAAUUUUGCUUUUCUGUAAUAGCAUAGUUACCUCCCUCAAUCUGGGCUGCUUCUGGGGAAACCCCCUUCUCUACCCAGAAGUAUCAUUUUUGUUAUCAAGGUAAAUUUCUGUACAACUGCAGCUUAGGGACCUCAGACUUUGUUAGCUUUGCAUCUUUACAUUCCCAUCUCCAUUUAAUGCUGCUAUUUUCAACAGAAGCCAGCAAACAAAAACAUGGCCAUGAAACAAUGCUCUUAACUCUUAAAAGUACCUCAAACAAUUGAACAAGUACUCCCUUAAGAAUGUAUUUAUUUGGGUCAGUUAUUUCUGAAAAGAUUUGGCUGUAAAUAACUGAAUUUAAGUAAAUCUUACCAAGAGUGUUACAAAUCAAACUGACAAUUAUUCUAACAGUGAUUAUCUAUUUCUGUAUGUGGUGCAAAAAGACUCAUCCAAAGCAUAGAACAAGUCUGCAGCAACAUGGAAUCCUCUCAUAUUAAGGUACGGUAGAGCUUUAUACACAGGCCUAGCACCAAGGCAAACUACCAAGUUUUUGUUAAAAAUAAUUUUUAAAAAAUAUUUUUGAAAUUUUACUGUUAAAAAAUCCAAAGACCACUCACUGCAAGUGCUAGAGUAUUUGCCUGCACCUGAGGGGCAAUGCUGUUCCCCGUUACCUGUUGCUGCACAGAUGCAUGUGGGAGCUCUGCCAAGCAGAGCAAAAGCACAGGUUUCCCAUUUUUAGGUCUAAGAAAGCAAGCUGGUCAGCAACAAGCUGGCACUAAGGCAAUGUGACUGUACUGCUGCACUGCCAGAUUUAGUCUCAACUUUGGCUAAGCACAAACUUGUCUCAAUGCUUCUUAAUAAAUAUAUGCAAUCAUCAUGAGAUUUUCAUUUAAGUAGCUUCUGAUUUUAUGAAAGUAUCUUUCUACGAAAGUCUCUGUAUGUUACUUCCAAAUUUUGUUUAACUCUGUACUACAAAGUCGGGAAUUACUUUCUGGAAGUCUACAGGCAGCAGGUAAAAAGUUUAAGUACUUGUAACAGUUUGUGAACAUGCCUCUGCCUCUGAUUAGGCAGGUUCCACCUACCUUCAGAGCAACUGAAAUAUAACCAACACUAAAAUAGAAAUUGACUUCCUAAGAAUGCACAGGCUCAGAAAUGUAUUGGGAAGUUUAAAUAGAUGCUACAUACUUUAUAAAAGAACUUGUAACAAUCAAAGAUGCAGAAAAGGAAAUAACACACGUUGGAAGACUUAAUUCAUGUUCCAGUCUGUGUAAAAGCAAGAUUCCAUGGGAAGUUUUCAUUGCCAUUCCAUUUGCCUGUACAAAUGCCACUGUGAUUUCAGCUGGAUGUCAUAUGACAGUGUUAGCCUCAACUACCCUGCCUGGAAGCACCCAGAAUCUGAAAGGGAGUUCAUUGAUUUGUACAGGUAAAUACAUCACGUGGUAAGCCAAGAUCACUCCCUAGGAGGGCAAUCCCGGCUUGCACCAAUACCAAGCUCCCUCCCAGAACGGGUGCAGCAGCAGCAGGUCAGACACUGCUGAGAACUGAUGAACCACUUCAGCGUCCCUGCCUUCCUGGGCUUCUCUGGGGCACCUCUUUCCAUGACAAGGCACAGAACAAUUUCCCCCAGCCCCAGCACACUCCCCAGUAACCAAAACACAUUUCAAAACAUCAACUUGUCUUCUUCAUCUCAGACAUGACGCAAUUUUGUAUCUGCCAGGAACAGAAGAUUCUCCAAUAGGAAUUGUGCCAGCAAGCAGCCCCACAUCCAGAACAGGAAACACUAGAUGACACAGGCUGCAGUAUUUGCUGCUCAGUACUUAUGGGUUCCCUUGAUAUUAAAACUGUCAAAGGAAGGUCUAGAAGGAAAAAAGGAUUAAACACAUUUUACUAUACACUACAAAUCUUACCCAGUCAGAAACCUUCAUUUGAAGAGGAUGUGCAAGACAUUCCCCAUUUUGUCAAGCAGCAGCUUCUCAUUCAA